GAAACCAUGCACAUCAACUUGUUUUCUUUAUUUCAAAAUAUUUAUGGAACAUUUCAUGUUUUCAUAAACAAAUUCACAGCAAGAUUAACAUUGAAAAAUGUUUCCUUAUCUUACCAGCCAGUAAAAGUUGAAUCAAAACCAGUUGUCAAGAAGGAGCUUCUUGAAGAACCUUUGCUGAAAGAAAACCCCAACAGAUUUGUGUUAUUUCCCAUCCAGUACCAUGAUAUCUGGCAGAUGUAUAAAAAGGCAGAAGCCUCCUUUUGGACAGCUGAGGAGGUGGAUUUGUCUAAGGACCUGGAUCAUUGGGAAAAAUUGAAGCCCGAAGAGAAACAUUUUAUCUCACAUGUUUUGGCUUUUUUCGCAGCCAGUGAUGGCAUUGUUAAUGAAAAUUUGGUUGAGAGGUUCAGUAAAGAGGUCCAAGUAACAGAGGCUCGUUGUUUCUACGGCUUCCAAAUUGCUAUGGAAAAUGUUCACAGUGAAAUGUACAGUCUACUCAUUGACACAUACAUUAAAGAUUCAAAAGGAAGGGAAUUUUUGUUCAAUGCCAUAGAAACUCUGCCAUGUGUGACAAAGAAAGCUGAAUGGGCCAUCAAGUGGAUUGGUGAUGAAGAGCACCCAUACAGUGAAAGAGUGGUUGCUUUUGCCGCUGUUGAGGGGAUUUUCUUAUCUGGUUCCUUCGCUGCCAUUUUCUGGUUGAAAAAACGUGGAAUUAUGCCUGGUCUUACCUUCAGCAAUGAAUUGAUUAGCCGUGAUGAGGGAUUACACUGUGACUUUGCCUGCUUGAUGUUCAAACAUUUGUUAAACAAGCCUUCCCAGGAUCGCAUUUAUGAAAUCAUUAAAGACGCUGUAGUUAUAGAACAGGAGUUCCUCACAGAUGCUCUGCCAGUCAACCUAAUUGGCAUGAACUGCAAUUUAAUGAAACAGUAUAUUGAAUUUGUUGCAGACAGGCUCUUAGUGGAGUUAGGGUGUGAAAAAUGCUACAACUCAGAGAAUCCAUUUGACUUCAUGGAACACAUAUCAUUAGAGGGGAAAACAAACUUCUUUGAGAAGAGAGUGGGAGAGUACCAGAAGAUGGGGGUCAUGAACAAAUCCCCCACAAGCCACCAGUUCUCUCUGGAAGAAGACUUCUAAACCUCACUCAUCUCUCUCAACCCCUCAUCUUGCUCUGUACAGAUCUCUCUAAUGUAUUGUUUUAAAACUACUCCACAAUCAUUAUAGGUUUUAUACAUGUUUACUUAGAAAGUUUUAACACUGCCUCUUUUUUACUGAGCAUUUAACUUGAAAUUCUUUUAAUUUGGCAUUAUUUUUAAGAACUAUUUAUAUAUUAAUGGUACACGUGGUUUGUAGUGUUAAAAUUUUUACAUUUAUUUAAUGUCUGCAUUUUAAAGACUUAGUUUGUCUGUGUUGUUUUUGUAAAUUAUUUUGAGAAUGCAUGACUUAUGAAGCAAGAAUUUCUAAAAUACUGAUGGUAUGGUGCUAAAUUCAAUAUGUGCAGGUCAUUUUCUUAUGAUAAUUUAUAGAUUUGACAACAGUAAUUUUUGACUGGUUUUUAUGUGGCAUUCAUAAUUAAUA